AUGCAAGCCCGCCUCUCCCCUAGCUGUCUACGACGUGUGCAAGAGCUCUGGUUUGACGACGGAAACCUCGUCAUUCAGACGGAUUCUGCCCAGUACAAGGUCUACCGCGGCACCCUGGCCCGACAUUCGGCGGUUUUUCGCGACAUGCUGUCGUUUCCUCAACCAAGGAACCCGAAGCGGGUGGAAGGGUGUCCGAUUGUACAUUUGCCUGAUGCGGAAGUAGAGGUUACGCCCUUUCUGAAAGCGCUUUUCGAACCCAACUUCUUCCCACCAUUUCCUUCUCGCACGACCUUCUCCGCUGUCUACGGUUGUCUCCGACUCGCGCAUAAAUACGGUGCCGAUGAUCUUCGUCGUUGUGCUCUUGUCCAUUUCACGUCCCAGUUCAGAACCACGCUUGCCGAAUGGGACUACGGCGAUUUUAAGUCCACGAAAACCAAUCGUUUGCCUGCACAAGUCGCGUCGUGGCCAUGUCCAACCGACUCAAGCUACCUGAUCUGCUGCCUCCAGCUCGCACGGGAAGUGGAAGCCCUCUGGACCCUACCGCGAAUAUUCUACACGCUCUCCUCCAAUUUCGACAUCCUCAGCGACAGGCUGUUCCAUGGCGCGAUAUUCCAGGGCAUCGAAGCAGAGCUUGGCAGUGCCUCGGACCAAUGCACACUCAUCGAAGGGUCAGAGAAGCAAAUGAAAGCAUCAUGGGACAUCGUCCAGCUCCUCCGAUCCGGCCCGUCAGAUGACUGCCUGACCGAGCUCACCUGCGCGCGCACGAUUUUGCGGGCAGCAGCGAACACGAAAGUCGGCUGUCGGGAUUUCCACCGGAGUCCGCUGGGGAUCUGGAACGAGGGUGAUUGGCGGCUGUUUCGCGAGGCGUGUGCGAAUUGCCGCAGUUUGCUUCAGGAUGCUCAUAAGGCCGCUCGACAGCAGUUUUGGGACAACUUACCUGGGAUGUAUAAUCUCCCCCCGUGGGAGCGCUUGGAGGAAUUGAAGGUAGAUGCUAUUAAAGAUGAUUUAUUCAUUUAG